CGUCCGUGAGGAUCGUGGUUCGUGUGCGAGCAGCGUGCGUCUCCGUACACUGGUGUCGCGUUUGGUGUGUGUCGUGUUUGUUGGGAUCGGUUGCUUCGAUCACUAGCGGAACUAGUCAGGUGGAAGCUAAAAGCAUAGAUUGCGCUGUGUAGAACGACGGAGAGUGUUGCGCAAAACUGUACAACAUUAGUGGAAGACGUGUUGCAAUAUUUUAGUAUUUUCUUAUACAUACUAACAGCAAAGCAAAACAAAAAACUAGUGCGAAUAGUGUGAAAACCGAAAAAACCCCUUGUUAGUGAGUGCAAUACGAAGAAACCCCCAUCCGAUUGUAUUGAUUACAAUUGGAAGUGGAAGUGGAAGUGUAGUGUGAAAACAGCGAUCAAAACGCUGUACAAAAUCGUACGGAUUUCUCGCUAUUCUUCAAAAAGUGAUUUAUACAUAAAAGACAAGGCCAGCAGGGCACAGAACAGCAGCAGCAGUGCAUCCGCCACCACCAGCACCGCCCGGAUAACCCGGGGAAAAACGUCAGCGGAUCGUCAUCCACGGGCAAUUGACGCACCCGAAUGGACAGAGCGAAUUGCAUCUUCUUGUGCGUAUGUGUGUGUGUGUACGGACCGUGUCGCGGUGCAUAUGCAAAGUGUAUCUAGAUGAGUGAUGAGUGUGUGUGUGUGUCUGUGAUUUGUACACGAUUUGUGCGUGCCGUGCUCUGUGCUCAGUGAACCUAUAAGGUACGUCGCCGUUGUCGUUUGAAGUGUGACCAAUGAGCCGUUGCGACGAGUGAAGUAUAGUGGUGGAUGAUGUCCAAAAACGACGAACGUCAAACAAACGUCAUUUAGAAAAGAAGAGCACAAAAGCAGUUCGUUCGUUCCCAGAGCUCCGGAGAACUCGGGCGUGUCAAACGGCGAUCGAGCAACGGGGUAACGAUCUCUACUUGUUGCAGGCGCAAUCACCUCUACCGUAUAACCAAGCUACUACUACUAUUACUACUACUACUGCUGCUAACUACCAGCGCAAAACACACUUAUUGCUGCCGCUUUUACUACCAUCGCAGAGAGAGAGAGCAAGAGCGUUGACCAUACCACCCGGUACAUGUAAGUGUGCCCCGAACCCCUUACCGGUUGAACUUUGCGUCGUGUGCGCGAUCGCCUGUGCCUGUGACCCGUCUGCUCUCCGUGUGCGUGCGUGCGUGUGUGUUUCUGUCGAUUCCUUAAUGGUGAAAAUCGUAUGAAAUGGUGACACUAAUGCCUUGUAGCUAUAUAUCUGCCCCCCGGAUCUCCAUCAUUGAUAAAAUGAUAGAGAUAGAACCAAAGGGAAAACGAUCGCGCCUCGAAGGACCGGACACGACGACGGAACGUUCUCGAUUGUACAGUAAUCUCGCCGACUCAUCGCCACUAGGAGCAGCAACGACGGCCGUGUCAGCAACGCUGGACACUAUCGGAGCGGGCCCGGCACUAGCCCUGGGAACACCGUUCCACUAUCCGCCCGGUGCGCUGUCGGCUCACCACACCACCGGCAGCGAGCAUACCGUUUUCAAUCACGCCGGCACUGGCCCCACAUCCACCACCAGCACGCCGUACCGUGCCAGCAACACGUCCGGCGGUUCGCUGUCGCUACACAACGGGCUCACCCUAAGCUACGGUACGCUUGGGAGUGCCGCCAGUCCAGUCGGCAGUUCGUUGACAAGCCGGCUAAACAACAGCGCAGGAAGCAGCGGUAGCAGCAGCAGCAGCAGCAACAGCUCCUCCACCGUCGUCAGCACGGGCACGGUCUCGUCCGGUGGCAGCUCGGCUGGUUCCAGCACCGCGGGGCUGGUGGAUGGAUUGUCCACGUUGGCCACUGGCAGCAGCAGCAGCAGCACUCUAGGCCCGCUGCUCACCACUGGAGGCGGGGUGGCCACCGCCACCGCCACCACGGCCGCCGCUGCCGAGCUGGGAAUGUCGCACUGGCUUAGCGACGGUACGGUCAAGUCGGAACUGCGCAGCCCCGGACUGGACGCGAACCAUCUGGCGGCGUCGGCCACCAACCUUCCGCUCGGUCCAGCGACCGCCGCCCACCACCUCGACGGGACCGGCCUGUUCUGCGCCAAUCCCGGCACGACCGCCGUCGCCACUGCCGCCACGCUGGACGCACUCCAGAGCCAGUCGGCUGCGGCCGCCGCCACCAACGUGUACGACCACAAGUCGGACUACUACAACUACUACAACAGCAUGCAGCAGUACACGCCCGCGUUCUACUCUUCCGCGUACGGUGCGACGGCGUACGGGGCGGCCCGUACCGCCUCGACCAAGAUCCCGUCGCCGAACACGUACCUGGCGUCACCGUAUGCGGCCGCGGCCGCCGCCAGUAACAACAAUUCCGCCCAGCUGUACUCCUCCUACGGGUACAACUCGUCGUUUGGGCAGUUCGGGGCGGGGCAGCAGGAUGGGUACAGCUACUACAACGAUCAGUACAGCCCGUACUAUGCGAACACGGCCAGCUACUCGCCGUACGUCAGCUCGCCCGGUUCGAGCGGGAGCCAGGCCGGGUUCCAUGUGGCCGCGGGUCUGUCCGCGGACAGCCCUUCGGAGGCGCACGCAACCACACCGAACAUGCUGGCCCAUUCGCAUUCGCCCCAGUCGCCGAUUUCGAUCUCACCGACGGCGGGGAUUGGGGCGCUGCCGGGCGUUGGCGGUGGUGGUGGUGGCAUUAGCAGCAAAACGACACCGACCGGGAAGUCGGGACGUGCGCGGGGAAGACGCCACGCCCAUCCCAGCCCAACUCGGAGCUCCACCAGCGAGCCGGGCAUUAGUGAGAAGGCACCGGAGCGAAUCUUCGUGUGGGAUCUGGACGAGACGAUCAUCAUUUUCCACUCGCUGCUGACCGGGUCGUACGCUGGCCGGUACAAUAAGAACCGCGACCACCAGGUGCAGCUCGGCUACCGGAUGGAGGAGCUGAUCUUCAACAUGGCCGAUGCGUACUUCUUCUUCAACGAUCUGGAGGAGUGCGAUCAGAUACAUAUCGACGACGUGGCGUCCGACGACAACGGGCAGGAUCUCAACAACUACAACUUUGCCGCCGAUGGGUUCCACACGGCCACGCCACAAGGAGCUCCACCCAAUGUUUGCCUUCCGAACGGUGUGCGCGGUGGCGUCGACUGGAUGCGGAAGCUCGCGUUUCGCUAUCGGAAAAUCAAGGACACGUACAACACCUACCGGAACAAUGUUGGUGGCUUGCUAGGGCCUCAGAAGCGUGACCACUGGCUGCAGGUACGGUCGGACAUCGAGCACGAAACGGACAGCUGGCACAGCCUAACGCUCAAGUGUUUGAACAUGAUCGCACAGCGCGAGAACUGCGUCAACGUGCUGGUGACGACGACGCAGCUCGUACCAGCGCUGGCAAAGAUUCUCCUGUACGGGCUUGGCCAGGUCUUCCCGGUGGAGAACGUGUACAGUGCGAACAAAAUCGGCAAGGAGCAGUGUUUCGAGCGGAUCGUGACACGCUUCGGGCGCAAAAGCACGUACGUCGUGGUGGGCGACGGGCAGGACGAGGAGAAUGCGGCAAAAAAUCUCAACUUCCCCUUCUGGCGGAUAUCGAGCCACAGCGAUAUCCGAUCGCUACACACCGCGCUCGAGAUGGGUUUCUUAUGAAAACUUUACCCCGUCUCGCCACCGGCCGUACCAGCCGCUAGAGCAGCCCGAUCGUCGGAAACCUUGGCCGUGCGGAAUAGAUGCCAUUCGCUGCCGUGAGGUCAAACACCAACCUAAACCAAAAGACAAAACAAGUGCGAGGAACGAAGCAAAAUACUACGCGAAGAUCGCGCGAUGUUCUUUUACCUAAUCUUGCAACAUCUCCUGCCUGCCUGUUGUAGUGUACCGAUCGCUCAAGGUGGGGAAUAUGGGGUGUAAAUUGCGCGGAUCGAUUGCGUACUAUGCGCGAGGCAACUGUGGCGGAAGGCAGCCAGUAUUUAUUAUUGUUUAUAGUGUGCAGCUUGUUAGAUGUAAAUUGUAUGGUUAGAAAAAAAAGGGAAAGUCGCUUCUGAACACGUUGGAAGUCUGUAAGUCGUUUCCGAGCUUCCGGAAGCUCUGAAAUGAAAUGAAAAAAAAGAAAGAGAGAAAAGCUAAGAUAGAAGAAACCCUUAACAUAUAGAGAAGGGAAACACAAUAGAACACAGAAGAUGAAAAUAGAUGCAACAAAUGAAAAUGCUCAAAAGAAAGAAAAAAAAGUUGUAUAGAGCAAAGAAAAACAUGAAAAAACUCUACUAGUUAAAUGUAACAGGGGGAAAAACGAAGAUAAAACGCAAACUAAACAUCUUCAAGCUGUUUUGAAAAUAAAAGGGAACAGAGUACAGCAAGUAAAAAAAGCAAAAAAAUACACGAAAUGAAAGUCUAUAAUAAAGAAGAACGAAAAGCUGUUUAAGAACGAAAAACUCCUAAUGAGAUGGCCAUCAACACCGGCGCCACCAGUACAUCCCAGUGCAAAUACAUUGUUUUCCUUUCUUUUUUAAAUAAUUGUUUAAUACUACCCCCCUCGUUCUUCUCGCCCAAACGUUGUGUCUAUGUAAAAGUAUGUAAAAUUAUAAUCGAAUAAUAAUGGCGAAUAGCAAUUAUGUGAGAGAGAGCGUAUGCAAGACAUGCCAGCGAUAACAGUGAACAUGUUUGCGUUAGCUAGAAUUGCAAGUUGUUAGUGGAAAGGCGUCAGGAGAUAUCAGCAGUAAAAAGGGCUCUCACUUGAAGCGUGAAGCGUUGGAAAAGUUAUCAUUAAUGUCGAUAAACUCACUGUACAUACUGUUGCCUAUCUUAACGUCGUCCUCACUUGGUGGCAUAAAAAAGUGAACCCUUCUCCUGGGGGACUGGUCAUCUUGUAGGUGUAGUAAUUUGUUUUAGCUGUGACAUAGAGCAAAUAUCAUCCUCCCAUCAAUAAGGAACGUCAAAGGGCCCAAAAUACAGAAUAAAAAAAUACUCCGAUAAUGGGCGAUCCUUCAACAGCAGCUGUACAUAGUUUACAAUAGUCUACAUCAAAUCAAAAUAUUAUCCUAUAUAGAGUAAAGUUUAUCGCAUCGAAACAACAGGGUGACAAAGAUAUAGUAAUGCACCGUCACGUGAACCCGAAAGCAUGUAAGUGUUAGGCACAUCGCGUUUCGGGUUGUGGACAAAUGGAGCAUGAAACUGUACAUCCUAACUCCGCUCGUGAGCACUAUCAUGUGUCGUAUAGGGAAAGAUGAAGAGCAUGGAAAAUAAAUAAAGAGAAAAAAUGUA